AUGGACGGCAAGAUGCGAGCGCUAGUCACAAUUCCGGGAGGCAAAGCAGAGAUCCGAGAGGUUCCUAUUCCCAAGCCCCUUUCCGGCCAUGCCCUCAUCAAGGUCAACGCAACAGCGCAAAGCAAUGAUCUGAACGGCAUUGAGGUGUCGAAGCCCUACGUUAUAUGCGGAGAUGAUUUUGCCGGCACCGUCGUUGACGCCAACGGUACAACCCUAAAAAAGGGUCAGCGUGUUGCUGGCUUUGUUAUGGGCAGCGAUACUGACCCCUGCCGCGGAACCUUUGCUCAAUACGCUAUGGUGCAUCCCGAUUAUGUCUUCUACAUUCCCGACUCCGUGAAGGACGUCGAGGCUGCCUCAAUUUCACUAUCACUCGCAACAGCGACGGUUUCCCUGAAGUGGUUGGGAAUCCCAGAUGCAACGGACCCCGCGGAAAAGCCGUUUCCCGUCCUUAUAUACGGUGCUUCCUCAAGCGUUGGCCUCUUCGCUGUGCAGCUGUGCAGAAUGGCCGGGCUAUAUGUCAUUGCUACAGCAUCUAAGCGCAAUCACGGACUCUUGAAAAGUCUUGGUGCCGAUAUGAUUAUCGAUUACUGGGAUGGGGACUGGGUCGACCAAGUCAAGAAGGCGGCGACUGCCAAGGGGGGCCUGCAUCAUGUAUUUGACACGAUUAGCAAGUACGAAACCACCAAGGCCUGCGUUCAAUCAUUCGGAGAGGAAGGUGGGCAUAUCGUUUGUAUCAUGGCGCGCACAGCGGAGGAGUUAAACUUGCCGGCAAACAUCAAAUUGAAUGUCGCGCUGUGUUACUCGGUCUUCGGAGAAAAUCUCAGGUCCAAAGAUGUGGAAUUAUAUCAAUCAUUCCAGGAUACGGACGGCGCCAGACCACAGGAUCAGGAGACUUGGAAAAAGUACUUGAGGUUGAUGCCUGAAUGGCUGGAGUCAAAGGCUUUGAAACCGAACCCGUUGCGCCUGCAGGGCGGCUUGGACAAUAUUCUAGAGGGACUUGAGCUGCAGAAGCAGGGAUUGCAAAAAAUAUAA